CUACUUUCAUCCUCGAAUGACGUGAUUUCUGCGGUGGUCACUGCUCCCACGCCAACACCUCUUGAUGAGACACCUGAAACAAGUCCGUACAACAUUGAAGAUGAGAGCCAACUUGACUAUCAAGCUGUGUUUGGUUCGCGACCGAAAGUGGCUCGAACUCCCGACGGUGCCAGCCAUCGAGGCAAUUUCGCUCGCUGAUAUGCGUCGCUCCACGGCAAUCUCGAUCUGCAAUAAUGCCAAAGACUAUCGCAAUGUCAAAUUUCAGAUUUUUUUUUUGCUUUUUUUAAAAUUUCUUGUGUCUCUGUUGGUUCUGCAAACUUUUCCCUUUGCUUCGCGGAUAAAUGAAUUUGAUGCUAAUUCUUGUCAAAAACAGAGGCACAUUCUAUUGAAAACAGGUUCUUCUUCAGAGGUUCAUUCAAUAAAUUCCUCAAAGAGUAAAGCAUAG